UUCAAUAAUGCAUGUCAUUAUUAAGGAUGGAUUUUCAAAAUGUGGCUGUACACUCUGCUGGAACAAAUGAUCAACUGUUGUAUAAUGAUUCUGCACAACUUAACACCCCACAGACCAUAGAACCUGCUUCAGGCAUCUUGUUGGCAUACUCUAGUAAUGAACACCUUAAACCUGGCAGGAUUUAUUAUCCAUCACACAAUAUGAAUGAAAGUACAAAUUCUGGAAUGCAGAAUCCCAGUGUAAAUUACACAGAUCCAAAGAAGCUCAGUUACAUUUCUAACUCAUUUGUGCCUCCUCAAUCGCUUUUGACCAAUGUGCCCCCAGAGACUGGUUACUGGUCUUCUGUGGUUGAUAAAGAGAGUGUAUAUCCAUUGCAGAUUUCACCAUCAAAUCAAGGAAGUUGUUUCUCUGGGCCAUUGUCACAGAACACCGCCCAGCCUGAUCAACUAAUGAUGCAACAAAUGGAACACCUGCAGAGAUUGGUGAAAGAACAACAUAAAUUAAUCACGCUCUUUAACUCAGGGUUGACUUUUCCACAAGGAAUAAAAUCAGCUCUUGCUUCAGUGAUGCCAGCUGCAAUGCCUGCACUCCUGCCUACUCAAGAAACAUCAGAGAAUAUGUCCCCAUGGCUGCCAAAAGAAGGAAUUGCACAGCCUGUCUCUAUAGCAGCUCAACUUCCAGAAGUGAAUACAUCUACCAUAUUUGCCACACAAUGCUCAAGAGUGCCAAGUAGUCCCCAAGAAACUGUUACAAGUGCAAGUAACACUCAAGUAGAUGAAGGUCAUAAACCUCUUUCACCUGUCCGGGAAGAGAAGGAUGAAAAUGCCAAUAAUACACCUAUUUCACCUUUUGGUAUUCGGACAAGAACCAAGAACAGGGAAGACAGACCGAUUAGGCCUGGAAUUGGAGAAAGGCAAAAAACAUUUGAAGACUUUGUUGAAGAACAGCUGAAAGUAGAUUCGGAAAUUUUAGAGAAGGAAAUCCCAAGUAAGCAGAAUACUGAUGAGAACAAGACUGCAUCUAGAAAAUCUUUCCUGAAACGUGGAGAAGGUAUAACUAGGUUUGAAAAAAAAUGUGAUAACACCAUUAAGGAGCAAAGAAGACCUUCUGUGACCACUUUAUCUAGAAGAGUAAGCUUUGACGGACCUCAUCGUAAUUCUUUGCCCAUCAUAUCAAAUAUUGCAAAGAUGCAAGUGAAAAAUAAUGAUAUCUCAAAUAAAAUCAGCAGCCAUUCUGAGUUGAUCAGCACAGGGAAUAGUACAAACAAUGGUGCCAGUGAUAAAGCUGGUAUCCAUAGUUCAAAUCUUUGCCAGCAAAUGCAUGAAAUGCAUGAAAAAGCAAAGAAUUUGGUGGUGGACAACCAGCCUGAGCAAUUUGUUAAAGACUCUAGUGAUUUGACACCACGAGAUAUGCUGGAUAUAUCAACAACUGAUCAAAAGACAACAACUCAAAAAGAUUUAAUUACAACUGAUGUGUCACAGAAAGCAGCAGCAACAUCAUCAUCAAAAAUUCACGUAUCUAAAAUAACAGACCUAGAGGGGAAUUUAUUGCAGAAUUCUAUGAAAAAUGUUUCUGAGCUUAAGACCCAGACUGUUACCAGCUCCAUCCAUGACCUAAUCGGUCCAUCCAAUGAUAAAACAGAUCCAAGUGCCAAAACAGGAUUUAAAAAAGUUAAUGAUAGAAUUAUUAAAGUAAACAAACAAAAAAAAUACCAAAAAAGUAUCAAUGAUCACCAAACACAUGUGGAAACCUGUAGAGAAAAUAUUGUCCAAAAAGAACAUGUUGAAUCACCUAGUGAAAAAGACAGUACAUCAUCAUUUAGUGAUAAUGACCCUAAGUCCCAUUUUUAUAAACUACCAACUCAUGAUACACCAAAGAGCCUUAAUCAAGUUGAUAGACACUUAGAUUUAUCUGAUCCAGACUAUGCUAGUGACGAACCAAGCGGCGAAGAAGAAAUUAAAAUCUUAAAGUCUUCAGCAAAAUUUUUCUCAAAUCAAGACUCAUCUAGCUCAAGUGACAGUGAGCACAGUACUGAAGAUUUUAGAAGGAGAGGUAGCAAAGCUUUCUCAUCAUUCAGAAGUACAUCUUCACGGUUAACACGCAAUACCAGAAAAGAGAGCGAGCCUGAUAAGAAAACAGAAUGUAAGGAUGAUACUGAGAAAGUAGAACUUAAAAACCCACCAUUCACAUGUGAUCUUGUAACAAGUCUUUUCCCUACUUUGAAGUUAAGAACUGACAACACAGAACAAUCAAACAAAUUAAGUGAAGUGUUGAUUGAUGAAUCCUAUACACCAAUUCUUGGAAAAGUAGAAGACAUUAAGGAAGGCAUGUAUGAUUACUCUUUACUAUCGAAGAUGAAAGAAGAACAGACAAAAGCAAUGAUGUUUCUCAGAGAACAAAUUGAUCAUUUGGAGAGACUGAAAGCAGAUGAGCUGAAUCGUUUGGAAGAGUUUAAGAAAGAGGAAAUGAGAAAAAUACAAAAGGAAAAAGAAGAACUUGAGAAACAAGCAGCUGCCAUUAAAGCUAUUCAUGAAAGUGAAAAAAAUGAACAACUACAGAUGCUAAAAGAACAGAUCUCAGAAUUACAGGGGAAAUUUCGUAGAAAUGAAUUUCACUGGUUGUCGACUAAUGAACAACUGAAAAAUCAGAUUGAUGCAUUGGCAAAGGAGAAUCAAGAGCUGCGUAGUGAGCUCAAGGCAUCAGAGAUUCACAACAUGGACAAUCGAUCAGAAUCACUAGUUUCACAAGCUAUUAUGCGAGGUACAUUUAACACCAAGUCUGACCUCAGAGUGGAACAGAAUGUACAUCAAAAUAGAGGAAGAACUCCCAUUGGUAGGAAGACACCAGUAAUGAUGGAAAACAGUACUACAGUUACCAACAUUAUAGAAAGAGCUGAGUUUGGGAAACCCCCUCUAAGGAAUGGAGACAGAGCACCACCUGGUAGUAUAAGUCGAAGCACAACACCAACUGGAAGAAAAACACCACUUCAAGGUCGAUUAACACCAUUUGAACCAGAAAAGGUGGUGCCGUUGUCUGUAUCUAAACAUCGAAAAUCACCUCUCACUGUCUCAAACUUUACUGUGUUUAAAGAUUCCAGCAUUUCAUCUACAUCAAAAGGAAGACCAUCUUCAUAUUCUGGUAGUUCAGAUGAUAUGCCUGCUGCUGCAUCAGUAAAGAAUGAGGACUGUAUAAGCUUAUCACAAGAUAGCAAAAUUGCAAAUCAGGAUGUUGACACUUUAAGUGUAAGAAAAUUUGAAGACCAGCCAAAUCCCUGGGAACAGGUGAGACCAUCCACUAACUUAAGAAGAACUCGCAGUGUCACACCAAGUGGAAGGAAAACUCCUGUUGAGUAUACUCACACCUCUGAAACAAAGAGUUCUCAUCCAAAGUCCAUUUUGUCAAGAAAGUCAUCAACACGAGGGGAAAAGAAGAGCAGUGAAGAUGACACUAUUCAAGAAGAAACCCAGUAUCCUGAUGGAAAAGUAGAGCAACUGCUAUCAGAUGGACGCAGAGUCAUUGGAUUCAAUAAUGGAACAAAGAAGGAGAUCAGUGCAGACGGAUCAACUACAACCGUAUCGUUUUUUAAUGGUGAUGUGAAGAAGAUAAUGCCUGACCAAAGUAUAGUAUAUUAUUAUGCAGAUGCGCAAACAACUCAUACAACAUAUCCCAAUGGCUUGGAGGUAUUACAGUUUCCAAAUAAACAGAUGGAGAAACACCAUCCUGAUGGCACUAAAGAAAUCGUGUUUCCUGAUCGGACAAUAAAACUCCUUUUUAGAGAUGGCCGGGAGGAAACCACUUUCCCCGAUGGAACUAUAGUAAAGUUAGAAAAGAAUGGUCAGAAAACAGUUACAUUCCACAAUGGGCAAAAAGAGAUUCACACUGCACAGUUUAAAAGGCGAGAAUAUCCUGAUGGUACUAUAAAAACGGUAUAUUCAAAUGGUCGUCAGGAAACAAAAUACUCCUCAGGACGUGUUCGGAUAAAGGAUCAACAAGGAAAUAUUAUUCUUGAUAAAAAAUGAAUUUCAGUUGGAUAAUCCGUUCAAAAGAAUAAGCGCACACAGCACCCUAUGAAAAGUGCCACCUAUUUGCUUUUAGAAAGAGGGCAGAUAACAAAUAAUUAUUUUAAAUUGUAGAUUA